GUGAUUAAUAAAUUUUUUACCUUUUUUCAGGAAAAAAAAAACAAAAAAAAAAAAAAGUCUAAUAUGAGGGGCAUACCCAAUUAAAUAUUGGUGCACCAUUCAAUCUUGAGAGUCAACACACCUAAUAUAAUAGUCUCACCACUUUUAAUUCUAUCAACUAAUUACAAGCAUUAUUGUCCAAAAGGUCAACUAAACAUAAAAUGGCAGAAGAUGAUGAUCUUAUAAACAAGAUUGAAGAAACAACCAUAAAUGCCAAACGCUGCCAACAUGAGACUCUUGCAACCAUCCUCAGAAUUAACGGUAGAGUUGGAUACCUCCAACGUUACCUUGGCAACACUAAUUUUUAUGAUCAUUUUGAUGCGGAAACUUUCCGGCGGCUUGUGCCGUUGUCUACUUACGAUGACUAUGCCGAUCAUAUCAAUCGGAUGGCCGAGGGUAUCAUUGAUGACGAUGUUGAUGGUUGGCAUUUUCUUUCAUUUGAUCCAAUCAUAUGUUUCUUUCUAAGCUCAGGGACAAGUGGAAUGAAGCAAAAAGUGAUACCAUAUUAUGAUUCAGCAUCUUCAAAAGCCGCCUCCUUUUUAGCUCAUUACGGCAGCUCUGCCAUCCAGCGUAGGUUGUUCCCCCCACGGCCGUCGGUCAAUAAGAGCCUGUGGUUUCUAUAUGCUGGAAAUAUAACAAUAACUAAAAGUGGGUUCAAGGCAAUGGCUGCAUCUUCAAUACCAUUGUCCAGCAGUAAAGAAAGCCAAUCUCAGUUUCUUUCUACGUGCAUCGCCCCUGCUGAAGUUGUUAAGGGUUCUAAUCUACAACAGCAGAUGUACUGUCAUCUAUUAUGUGGCCUAAGGAAGUUUGAGGUAAUCGAUUCCAUUCGAGCACCAUAUGCUAUAGCUUUGAUUAAGGCAUUCUCACUUUUACAAACCAAUUGGGAGCAGCUUUGUAAUGAUCUUGAAUCAGGGACUGUAAGUUCUGAAAUUACUGACAUUGCAAUGAGGGACUCAGUGAAUGAACUUCUCUGUGGGCCUGAGGAAGAAAUCGCGAAUAGAGUUCGAUCAAUUUGUCAAGAAAAGAAUUGGGAAGGAGUUAUUGGUAAGUUAUGGCCAAAUGCUAGAUAUGUCAGGUGUAUUACUACAGGAAGUAUGCAACAGUAUUACACGAAACUGAAACAUUACGCAGGAGAUAUUCCAUUGUUAGGUGGGGAGUAUUUUGCUUCAGAAUGUUGUGUAGGCAUCAACAUGGAUAUUAUGCAACCUCCUGAGCUGACUCGUUUCGUUAUGCUCCCAACAGCGGCUUACUUUGAAUUUCUUCCAUUCGAUUUGAAAGAUAAAAAUGCUUUUGCAGGAAAAGAAACAGUUGAUUUUUCUGAGGUGGAAGUGGGAAAGAUGUAUGAAGUUGUUGUAACAACUUACAGAGGACUAUAUCGUUAUCGUCUAGGUGAUGUUGUUAAAGUCGUAGGAUUCCAUAACUCAUCCCCUGAGUUGGAGUUAGUCAUGAGGGCUCCUAAAAAUUAUAGCGAAAUUUUGACUGAGAGAGACUUGUUUAGAGCUGUUCAGAACUUGGAGCUUGCAGGGGGAAGUUUGUUACUUGGGCAGUUAGUAGAGUUUGCCGGUUUUAUGGACUUGGAGUCGGAAGCUAAACAUGUGAAGAUCUUCGUUGAGUUUGCUCACGAGUGUAUGCUUCUAGACAAAGAGAAGGAGAACGAAUCAGUUUUGUUUCUUGAAAGUUGUCAGUCUACUAUAGAAGAUGGUUUGGGAGCCAUGUAUAAAUUGAAGAGAGGAAAUGGUGAAAUCCAGAAUUUGGUGCUAUCAGUUGUUCAGCCCGGUACUUUCGAUUUGUUACUCCACAAGGCCGUUGAAAAUAAUGCUCCUGCUAGUCAAUAUAAGCCACCUAAAAUCAUUAGAAGUCAUGGGAUUGUUGACUUCAUGGAUGUGAAUUCAGCUUUAACUGUAGUUUUCAAUUGAUCAUCAACAAGAGAUGCAUACAUGUUUAAUUAAUCAUUACAAUAUGUGUAUUUGUGAUUCUAUGUAUUAUACAUGUUUAUUAUUGUUGUAAUUAGACUUUGUAAUGAUAUUCCUUUUUCUGAUUUCUGAUAA